AUGUCUCAAGAUCAAACUGUUGCUCCAUACGGCUCCUGGAUUUCACCAAUUUCUUCUGAUUUGGUUGCAGAGUCUGGUAUUGGAUUUUCCAAUAUUGUUGCUCAUCCUUCCGAUCCAAAUACUUUUGUCUAUGUCGAGUUGAGACCAAGCGAGGCUGGUAGAAGUGUUCUCGUAGAGUGUUCUAUUGAAAAAUCCCAAUCUUCAUCCGAUGAUCAAUUGGUGAUGAAGGAUUUAUUUCCUGAUUUCAAGACGAGUCCAAUUUUCUACUCUGCCAGAACUAGAGUUCACGAAUAUGGUGGAUUGUCUCACGUGAUUACUUCCAAGUCUGAUGUUUACUUUUCGAAUUUUAGAGAUCAAGCAUUGAUGAAAGUAAAUUUAAAGGAAUCGAGUGAUAUUGUGAUGGUUUCCUUGUCUGAAAAUGCAUCUGUAAGAUUUGGUGAUGGAUUUGUUGAUGAAGUAAGGGAAAGAUUAGUUUUUGUUCAGGAAGAACAUGUCACUGGAGAAAAGGAGCCAAGAAAUAGUGUUAUCACCUUGUCAACCAAGAGUAAUGAAGAAAAAUCAAUUACAUUGGCAAGUGGAAUGGAUUUUUAUGCUGCUCCUAAAGUUUCAAGAGAUGGAAGUAAAUUGGCCUAUAUUGCUUGGAAUCAUCCAAACAUGCAAUGGGAUAAUUCUGCAAUUUUUAUGGUUGAUCUCGAUAAGGAUAGUAAGCCAAUUGAAUCAACUCGUAGAAAGAUUUCUUUGAGUGAAGAGGAAAGUUGUAAUGAACCACUCUUUUCACCAGAUGGAAAGUUCCUCUUUUACAUUACUGAUUUUCCAACUGGAUACUGGUCACUUGUGAGAUAUAGUUUGGAAAGUGGAAAGACUGAAAAUCUAAUGACUCACAUUGAAAAGACUGAGAUUGGAGGACCAUUGUGGCAAUUGGGUAAUUCUUCCUAUGUCCUUAUUGGAGAUGAUAGAUUUGUUUGUACAUUGAGUGGAAAGGUUUUCAUUGUUGCUGAAGGAAAGUGGACUGCAGUGGAAUCACAAUUUACCUCCUUCAAAUCUUUGGCUCUUUCAGCAGAUAAAAAGAAGGUAUUCCUGAUUGCUUCAUCUCCAUCCCUCCCAACAAGUAUUUGCUAUUUGGAUAUUGAGGAACAAAAGAUUAGACUUGUCAAACAAUCGGCUGAAAUUACCAUCUCCCAAGACAAUUUCUCCCACCCUGAAUUGAUUGAAUUCCCAACAAGUUUCAAUAGAACUGCCUUUGCUUACUUUUAUCCACCAAAGAAUGAAAAGUAUAUUGCUCCAGAAAAUGAAAAACCUCCUUGCAUUGUCUUUAUCCACGGUGGUCCAACCUCGUGCGUCAUGACAGCAUUGAGCUACAAGACUCAAUAUUGGACUUCAAGAGGUUUUGGUGUAUUGCAUGUCGACUAUUCAGGCUCAACUGGUUAUGGAAGAGAGUACAGAUUCAGAUUACACAAGACUUGGGGUAUUAGUGAUGUGGACGACUCGAAUAAUAGUGUCAAAUAUCUUUCUGAUCAAGGAAGAAUUGAUUCAAAGCGUUUGUGUAUUUCAGGUGGUAGUGCAGGUGGUUUUACAGUAUUUGCCUGUUUGUGUUCUCCUCCUGAGAAGCAAGUAUUCUCAGCUGGUGCUGCAUAUUAUGGUGUUUCUGAUUUGCAAGCUCUUGCACACGAUACUCACAAAUUCGAAUCCAGAUAUUUGGAUAAUUUAAUUGGAAAAUAUCCUGAAGAAAAGGAAAUUUACAUUGAAAGAUCACCAAUUACUCAUGUCGAUAAUCUCAGAGUUCCACUCAUCAUUUUCCAAGGUGAUGAAGAUAAGAUUGUUCCUCCAAAUCAAAGUGAAAUGAUUUACAAUGCAGUUAAGGAGAAGAAAUUACCAGUUUCUUACACAUUAUUCCAAGGAGAACAACACGGUUUCAGAAAGGCAGAAAAUAUCAAAAAGUCAUUGGAUGGUGAAUUCUACUUUUAUUCCAAAGUUUUCUCCUUCCCAUUACCUUCAAAUCAUCCAGAACAUGGCAAGGUCACAAUUGAUAAUUUGUAAGAUACUUCAUGAACCAUCUUGAACUGUAAAUAAAUCUCAGAUUUUUAAUAG